UUCCCGGCAGCCCCCGCGCGCCGCCCUCAGCAGCCGCCGCCACCGCUUCUCCGGUCCCGGAUCGCCCCGCGCUCAGCUGAGGAAAUGCACGGGCGGCUCAAGCUCCGCCCCCCGGACGCGGCGCGGCGGCGGCAGCGCGAGGAGAAACUGAGGCACUACCGGGAGGCCAUGGACGCCUUACUGGGGGGCGCGCCCCCCGCCCAGGUGCUGGCGCUGACGGGCUCGGUGCUGGCGGCCAACCCCGACGUGGGCACCUGCUGGAACCGGAGACGGCGAGCACUGGGAGAACUGGGAGGGGACUGGGUGCCCUCGGAGCUGGCGCUGGUGGCGCAGUGCCUGGCAGUGAACCCCAAGUCCUACGGGGCCUGGCACCACCGGGCCUGGCUGCUGGCACAGGGCACGGCAGCGCCCCCUGGUGGGCAGGAGGGGCUGGCGCUGUGCGAGCGCCUGCUGGCGGCCGAUCCGCGCAACUUCCACGCCUGGGAGCACCGGCGGGCGCUGCUGGCGCCGCAGGACGCCGAGGCCGAGCUGGCGUUCGCCGGGGCGCUGCUGAGCCGCGACUUCUCCAACUUCUCGGCCUGGCACCACCGGCUGCGGCUGCUGGGGCACGGCCGGGGCCGGCCCGGGGCGCUGCCGGCCAGCAGGGUGAAGGCAGAGCUGGAGCUGGUGCAGAACGCCGUGUUCACCGACCCCACGGACCAAAGCGCCUGGGUGUACCUGCGCUGCAUCCUCUCCCGAGCUCCGCCGCCUCCGAGGGUCAUCUGUGUCCACGUGGAUCGCGAGGACGCGACGCUGGCCGUCAUCUUCUCCCGGCCCGUCAAGGUGAACCCAGAGUGCCCAGAGCUGACAGCGACCCUGGAUGGCUCCGCCCUGCCCGGGCCAUGGCGCUCUGCAGAGGGGCGGCCCCGCCCCAGCCACACCUGGCUCUGCGACCUCCCUGCCCCGCCCACCGAGAGCCCCGCCCACCUGGAGGUCACGUGGGCGCCUGACUCCGCCCUCUGCCGGGUGACGCUGCAGCCAGGUGAGGACGAAGCUUGGUGGCAGGAGCCAAUCGUGGAGAGGGAGCUCUUCUGGCCGGAGCUGGGCGUGGCCGACGCUCAGGUGCUGCAGGAGCAGGCGCGGAUGUGCCAGGAGCUGCUGGAGCUGGAGCCCCAGAGCCGCGGCUGCCUGCUGACCCUGGCCCUGCUGCUGGCGGCGCUGGAGCCGCGGGGCCGAGCCCGGGAGAUCCGCGAGCACCUGGGGACGCUCCGGGACGCUGACCCGCUCCGGGCCGGGUUCGUGGCCGACGUCCGCUCCCGAUUCGAGGCCGCGCUGGGAGUGCUGGGAGCGGGGGAGGGGCUGAGCCUGAGCCACCAGGGGCUGACCUCGCUGCCGUUGGUGGAGCGGAUGAGCGCCCUGACCCGCCUGGAUCUCAGUGGGAACGAGCUGAGGGCGCUGCCGGCGCCACUGGGGGCGCUGCGGAGGCUGAGGGAGCUGGAUCUCUCCGGGAACCACGUGACCGAGGUGGGCGUGGCCACGCCCCUGCCCCGCCUGCGGCUGCUGCGGCUGGACCGGAACCCCAUUGGCCACGCCCCCGCCCUGGCCCCAUUGGCUGCCUGGCCCCGCCUGGCCCUGCUGGGAUUGGCUGAGACCCCGCUGGCCUCCGCCCCCGGCGGCCCCGCCCACCUGGCCGAGCUCCUCCCCGGCGUCGACGUCACCUUCAGCUGAUUGGCUGCAGCGGCCGCUGGUGGCCACGCCCCCUCCUGUGGGGUGGCCGCGCCCCCUUUCCCCCGUUCCGGCGCGAGCACUUCCGGGUUCGGCUCCGCCUUUUCCGGCGCUCAAUAAAGAGAUGGCCCCGUUCCAACCGG